CGCAGCUGUCAAAACCUUUAUGGCUAACAGCUGCUAUUUUUCUAAUUGAUACAAUAAAGUCCUGUCAGCAGUGACAACAAUGGUGAAAAGAAAUUCAAGAAAUAAAUCGAGGAACACCUCUAAACUGAAAUCCCAUUACUACCAGAGGACUCAUCUUCGACCCCGUCCACAUAAAACCAUCAUCACCCGCAGCCAGUGUAACACCGUCGGCAGCUUCUUUCACAGCCUCCCAUCUGAGGUGUUUGACAUGGUCCUGGAUAAAUUGUCAGUGCUGGAUAUCAGCGUGUUCACCAUGGUUUCUAAGGAUAUCACACAAUACGUUAUGGACUACAUCUCCACUGUUACCUGGAAAAACAAAAUGAUCUUUCAAAAUUUUCACUACUCCACCUGCCUCGAACAAAGAUCCUCCGUUGGACAUUACAGAGACCUAGGUUUGUUGUUCAAGAGAUGCACCCUGUUGCUACCAACCAAGGAAAGGUUAAAGUUUAUCUUUGGCAGGCUUUCACAGAUUCCCUGCUUCAUACUGGAACACUGUUCAGCUCAAGCCUGCAUUGGUUUCUCUUGCUAUGGUGUUCUCCUCCAGACUCUGAUCGCAGGUUGGGAUGAGUUGGAGUGCCACAGAGUGUUCAACUUCCUGUGUGAACACACAAAUCUGCUGCAGAAAAUGAAGGCAGUUGUCACUAGAAAGCCAGGGGUAAAGUUGUACCAGGAGAUGCAGCUCCGUCUUUUCUGCCGUCAGGUUUUCUUGGACCCAUGGCCUAACCAGCUGGAGUGCCAGUUCUGGCUGUUGAAACUCUUGAAGCCCUGGCCUUUGGUCAGCCAGGCACGCUUACUGUUCAUCCUGUAUGGACCCGUGCAGCCUGAGGGCACCCUAGGAUGGCAGGAUAUGGUGGAGAGGAGUCUGCCUCACAACAACCUGUGUGAUCUAGCCAGAGCCCUCCUCCUGCUUUUAGGCAAAAUAGAGGUUGAGGGCCAGACCUCAACCAUGCUGGCAAUCUUGGAGGAGCUCACUGUCAUUCCCCAGCCAUGGCAUGGGGAAAAUGUGGCUCGUGUCUUGGUGCUGUGUGGCAGCAGUCUCUGCUACAACGUUUUGGCCAGCAAGGCCAUCAAUGGACGACUUCCAGAGAUUGCAAGACUCCUGAUCUACAUCAUACUGGUGUGUGAGAAGGAUGGCUAUCACAUGUCCUGGGUGGUGAAAUUGGUGCAGCAGAUCUACAAGGUCUUCAGCACACCUCCUGAAAAGUUCAGCUUCAUCCAAAAGCUUGAGAGCACGUUCUCAGAGGUCACCAGGGAGUUCUUUGAGUUUUCUUUUGCAGGGGAUCAUCUGGAUGACAGAGAGACUUUCCAGACCCUGUGCAUCCUGCUGGACUCCAGUGCUCACUUCCAUACUAAGCUUCUCCAAAUGCUCUUCAGAUAAUGAUUUAGCAGUUACAAGGAAAGAGCAACUAAUGGCUAAAAUAAAGGUUUGCACCCUAAGAAGUGAAUAAAAAGUGAGCAUGUUGGCUUUAAAACAUUAUUCAGAUAGAAAAAGC